GAAAGAAAAUACACCAAUGUCCCCAGUCCCCACCGCCAGCGCGCAGGCCGCCUAUGGCUGGGAAGCUCAGCCGACAGCCGUCUUCGGCAUCCUUCGACGAGGCGGGGCCAGCCGCCUCCGCCGGUGAUCGAAGAGAUCCGUCCUCGGGCGGCUCCUCUGGAUCAGGAGCCUCCGGGGCCAAGAAGAAACCAAGCUCGUACGAGCUCAAGUGGUGCCCCGCCGACGAGAUCUCGAUCCUCGAGGCCGCCUCCUCGCACCGCCAGCGGCACGGCCAGAUGCCGGCGCCGGACGACCUCCUCGCGGCUCUCCGGGGCCGCCUCCUGACGGAAACCCGCAUCGACGCCCGAGCGAUCUCCCGGCUGCUGAAAUCCCUCCACAUCCGGUACGGCGCCACCUGGAAUCGGAUCUCGUCCCGCGGCGUCGUCCCGGUGAAGGACCACGACCUCAAGAUCUACAGGCUUUCCAAGUCACUCUGGGGGGCCGACCGCGGCAGGAGUAAGAUGAAGAUGAUGAUGAUGAUGAUGAAGAAGAAGAAGAAGAAGAAGAAGAAGAAGGCCAUCGCGCACCAUGAACCGAGGGAGCUCUGGGAGCUGGAAGCGCUGUACCCUUGCCUCGCCGCGGAGGUGGAGGUGGUCGAGGCGAGCGGGCUGUGCCCCGCCGCUGAAGGGAUGUUCAGGAGGUCGUUCGCGCGCAUCGGCGACGAGAAGGCGGCGGUGCUGGAGGCGAAGGCGAGGAAGGUGCGGCUGGCUGAGGUCAAGGUGCGCAUGCAGCGGGAGGAGCUGACGAAGGAGGUCGCCGAGACGUUCUUGGAUCUCUUUGAGUAACCAGGGAUCCUGGUGCUACAUGGAUCGCUGAAAGAUUUGUGUUUCUUUUUAUCAGAAUUGCUGCUACAUGGAUCUAUGACAAAUUCGUGUUCCUUUUUAUCAGAAUUGCUGCUACAUGGAUCAAUGAUAGAUUUGUGUUUCUUUUGCGGAAA